CAAAAUUCUGAGAAUUUUUGCAAAAAGUUAAUCAAAAAAUUGCAAAUCUAUUUAAAUCUUAUUUAUUCUGUAGGCUAAACUAGUACUGUAUCAAGGACAACAGGAAUUUGUUGGAGAACUCAUCAGAACAGGGCGAAAAAAAUAAAAUAAUUUGGACUAGUGGGUAAAAUGCUCUUCAGAAUAAUAACAUUUUGUUUUCUUUUAUAGCAUUGUCAACAGAGGAUGGAAAACUAGAGGACGGGUAUGUCUACUGGACCUUGGGAGUUAAUUUCCUCGAUUUAAAUGAGAAUCUCAGCCGUAACAGAUAGGAAAAUCUACCAGCAGAACAUUAGCCGGCUUAAGCAGAACAUUAUCUGGUCGCUUCAUUCCAAUUUACCUCGCCCCGAUUCUCGGGGAUUUAUUACGCUUCGCGCAAAUUUUAGAGAGAGAAAAUAAUUGUAAUGAAAUACAGAUUUAAUGGAAGAUUCAUUUGUUGGUGGCAAUCGCCUGGUGUCAGUAGCCUCUGUACCAAAUUUCACCACGAUCAGACCAAGGUGCAGGAAUGCAAGUUAAACAGGAACAAAAUCCUUUCUUUAUCACGUGUGAGCAAAUUCCAUUUGAAGCUGUAAUAAAGGAGAGAGGGAGGAUCAAGCAGGUAAAGAAUGCGAUAAACAAUUUUUUAUGGGGACACUAUGAAGGAAAACGGGUCUGAAAACUCUUAUGACCUUCUCUACCCCCAUACCAAUUUUCAUCAAAAUCGGCCCAGCCGUUUCGGAGGAGUUCAUGUUUUUUUAUCCCACUCCACCCUAAGGUCUUCGGAGGAGUUCAUGUGCCACAGACAAAUAUUUCAGCUUUAUUAAGAUUGAUUUGACAAAGAAACACAUAAAAAAAUUUCAUUUGAAUGAUAAAUUCUGUCAUUUAAUAACGAUAGCGAAAUUCGGGGAAAAGUUGAUCAAAAAAUCAAUGAGAUCAAUUUGAUCAAAGAAUAAAUCAUCAGUAUAGAGAUUAAAUUAAAUUAGGAUCUUUUUUUUUAAUAAAAAUUCUAAUUAGAUACACGCGUUGAUCAUCCGUUGCUCUUGCCCUUGCCCUGGUAAUCAAGCAAAAGUGAAAACCUCUGAUUCUACUUAAAACUCUCAAGCUCCCUAACGGGACUUGCAGCAAUGCGAUCAAGACGAGGGGGUGAGUGGAAGCUUAAAGAAAUUAGCAAAAAUCAUCGCAAGAAGAGAAGGUAAAAGUUGAAUAACCUGGGGAAGCAUGCAGAAUAUCGCGAAUAUGGGCAGAUAAGGCCAGAUCAUUAAAAGAAAAAGAGAUGCUCUCUCUCACCUCAUGGAUACUCUGCCAACCGAAAAGAUCACAGAAUUUUGUGAUGGGGACUUGCUUGAAAAUAGCAACUUGUGAUAAACGGUUAUACAAAUAUAAGAACCUUUUCAUUGGGCCAUCAAGUUGUGCGCUUUUUCACGAAGCACUCACCUCGGGUUUGUCGCUUGACCACACCAGGCAAAGAGCAUAAAAGCACCAACAGCACAAGAUCCAGAACCAUUCUCUUGUUUAUUCUUGUUGCAAGAUCAUCUGCAAGUGCGUCGUAUAAAGUGAUCGUCAUGGUGAAAACUGGAAAAUUAUUUCUCUUCAUUGUCUCAUUUAGCAUCGCAUGGGCACUUCCCAGCCGUGAUUCUAAGGCACUUGGCCAGGAGAGAAAUAUAGCGGGAGUGGCAUCUGAUAUCAUCACUUCAACUCUUCUCAAAGGGAACAUCGACUACAAUGAUAACUUUGUCUUCUCCCCUCUGGGCUUUUCCUCAAUCUUGGCUAUCCUAGGUGAAGGCGCUCGUGGUCGUACAUACGAUGAGAUCAACGAGAUUCUUCGCCAUCCCAAUGAUCGUCUUAAAGUAAGGGAAACUUAUAGUGAGGCCUUAAAAAAUCUUCAGGGUGAAAAUCCAAAAUCAGCACCCCAAUUCAAGACAUGGUUCUACAUCUACCGCAACAACACUGCCGAAGAUGAGUUCAAGGAUACACUCAGAAAGAGCUAUUAUGUCGAUGUAAAGGACAUUGAUCGCUACUAUUACAACUAUGAUGACCCAAAGACCUCAGAACCCAUUGAGAAUAGCAAAGAUAUCCCCAAUUUUGAGGAUCUCAAAAAAUCCGAGCCAGCUGAUGCCGCCAAGUCAGAAGCCUUGCCUGAGAAGAAGGAAAAGGAGGCUGAGAUCUCCAAGUUUGAUACAGAAAUUGAUGAUCAACAAUAUGUUGAGGUUCCCGUUAUUAAGGAACAUUUAAAGAAAGAAAAAGAGGGAUCAUCCAAACAAAAACUCGAUGAAACAAUUAAGAACAAGGCUGAGCCUGAACUCAAAAAGCUUGAAGAUUUGGAAAUUCUUCAGUUUGCCAAACAACAUCCUGUGACAAAGAAAUCCGAAGCGUCCGCCAGGAGUCUUUAUGAAAAUGACGUGGCUUCUGCUUUGAGUGGAAAUUCCUUAGUAGGGGAGAAAACGGAAACAAAGAGUGAUGCUCCUGCUGAGCGAUAUGAAUCUAAAAUGUUGCUCUUCAAUGGCCUCUACUUCCGUGGCAGCUGGGGUAUUCCAUUCCAGCAACUCAGAUCCGAUCCAGAAGAUGUUUUCUACUGUUCAGAAGCGGAAAAGAAAGUCGUCACAAUGAUGCGAUCCCGAGGAAACUUCAGAUAUGCUAAUUGCGCCAAGUACAGCAGUCAAGUCAUUGAACUUCCUUACGAGAAUGAUCGAUAUUCCCUUCUUGUCGUUAUGCCCAAUGAAAAAGAGGGUCUUAAGAAAUUAAUUACGGAAUUCAAUGCCGAUGUUCUUGAUGAAAUGGUAUCUCGCCUCGAGGAGGCCAGUAUUGAGUUGCACCUCCCGAAAUUCAGUUUGGACACCACAAGUCGUGCUGAGAAACACUUAGCAAAGAUGGGAUUGAUUACAGUAUUUACGUCAAAAGCCGAUCUCAGUGGAAUUUCUUCAACGCAAAAGCUCCAUGUGGAUGAACUUGUCCAGCAUGUUUCCAUUCGAGUCAACGAAGGUGCCAGCAGUGAGAAUUCUCUGACUGCCGCCAAUGCUGUCCGCCCCAAAUCCAGCGACAACACAGAUAAAGUCUUUGUAGUUGAUCGACCCUUCUUGUUCUUUGUGCGAGAUCACGUUGACAAUUUGACUGUCGUCGCGGGGAAAAUUCUCAGCCCACCAAGUGCAGAAGCUCAGCCACUGCUGUAAUUUUUUUCCACCGUGUGAUAAGACAAAAUGCAUUUCUGCAGCUUUUUGGGCACACUAUUGACUAUCUCAUUGGAAGAAACUCUGCAUGAUUUAUUCAAUGAGAAUUUAAUUGUAUCCAUUGCAUUGCAUAUUUUAUUCAUUACAAGAUCAUAAAAUUAUUCACGUAUCAGAACACACAUUUUUAUUUCUAAUAUUAUAAGACUUAUAAGAAUCACUUUACUAUAUACAUUUUUUUAAUUAAUAAUUCUGAUUUUUACAAAACAUUUUUUUUUCUAAAAAGAAAAUAAAAUCAAGGAAAACUUU